AUGUCCAAUGAUAAUCCAGCUUCGCUACCACGUGCACACAGUGAACCGAUUCAUGCUAAUCGUCCAACUCUAUCGUUAGCCAACAAUGAACCGGCUAGUCUGAACAAAAUACAACCAGAAAAAUUAGAAAAACAAGAUUUAAAAGACGUUUCCAAGAUACACACGUUUUAUGUUUGGUCAAUUUUCAAUUUAAUAUUUUUACCAUUUGGUCUCUUAUGUUGUUACUUUUCUUAUACUGUUAAUAAAUUUAAAAAAAUAAGUCGGUAUGAACUAGCGUCAUUAUGGUCUAAAAGAACAUUUGUUCUAAAUUUGAUGACAACAUUGCUUGCUGCUGCAGUUGUGAUAACAGUCGUAAUGCUUCAUUAUGAUGAGGUACAACGAAGGAAGGAUUCGAUGGGAAAUGGAACAACGACGCAACCCUAUUAUGUAUGGCAACCAGGACGUUAA